AUGAUUAAUUCACAAAUACAAUUAAAACACGAAGCCUAUCGUGGUGGUGGACACCCCACCAUGCAUUCCUCUUCAAAUCAAUCUCGAGAAACUAUUGAAACUUCUACGAUAGCAGAUAGUUUUUCUGCUGUCUCGAGUCAAGCAUCGCAAUUUGUUCCUUCCUCUGUUGCUAUUUCUUCGACAUCAUCACUAAUAGCCUGCCCUACACAAUCUAAUAACUCUAACAUAGGUAGUCCGAAUAUUGUCCACUCUUCAGAACAACCACCACCUUAUGAACAAGCAAUUGCAAUGCCUAUUUGUCCACCAAAUCUGGCAAUACCAAUUACAGACCAAACUCUGUCAUUAGGCCAAUCUAGAAUUAAUUUACACAAUUUUUCUCCCGCAUCGAUGCCACAUAGAAGAAAUAAAAGUUCACAGAAUAAAAGAAACUGUUCAUUGCAUAAUGAAACCAACAAUAAUUCUUCCUCUUCUGAAGCUUUUAAUUGUGAACUUACUCAAGGUAAUCCUCCCACUAGAAGUUAUUUUAAUUUUUCUGAUCAAGAUUAUUACACUCAGCCAGUGUGCCAACAUAUUAUCGAAGAACAUCUCAAUUCCAGAUUAAAACGUGAUAUUUUUUUAGCAAAUGCCCGCCUUUGCGGAGCAAAUUUAAAUGCAGAUCACCAAUACUCCCCAUCUGGGGCGAAUAGCCGUAGAACCAAACUUUUAAGAGGAGAAAAUGAAGCGGAUGCGGAAGAUGGAUUUGAUAUUGAUGAGGCAGACUCAAAGGAAAUGCUAUUCCGGGCUAAUUUUUCCAAAGCUAUUCAAGAAGAGCAAGGCAUUUUGCAAUUAGAAGAUGCUGGUGAGAUAUUUGAGAAUGAGGAAUGUACUGAAGUAAUUAACAGAAAUCAGAUGCAUUUACAUAACCGACUACUUGUGCGACCUUCUUCGCAGCCAAAUUUGGCUGGCUUGACGAAUUCUUCUAAUUCUGUCUCUUCAUGUGAACAAACUGCAUUGAUUACCAUGGAAAAAUUUCGCGCUCAUUGUAAAAAGAAAUCCAAAAAUCAGCCAAAGACAUCAGAUUGUGCUCCUUUAUAUCUUCAAGCUAGAUGUGGACAACCAAACGUAAAAAUCCAAAUGCAACAACGCGAGCAACCAUAUAGGCAAAAACAAAUUGAGGCACAUGCGGAUAGAAAAGAGUUAUUAACGCAACAGAAAAUUACUGGACUAGUACUAAAUAGUAAGAGCUGCCAGCCUAUUUCUGCAAGCCCUUCUCGCUAUCAUUCGAUAGAUUUUCCAUCUGCGCAUGUUAGCACAAACCUUGGUCGAGAAAGACGCCAACUUGCACUGAUUCAAAAAGACUCCGCAGGAGCAACUACCGUAAUUCCAGUUAGCCUGAGUACCCUUGGUUCUGAAGACUUAUCAGGUACUAGUAUCGGCAUGAAGGACUACAAACAUCAAUAUCAUUUACUUUUGCAAGAUAAUCCUCAUUCUCAAAGCCUAGGCCAAAAUUUGGCCGAGACGCAGGCCCAACACCGUCAAACACAACAGCAGCUUUUUAUAGUCAUGGAAAAGAAUCCUACUACUAUAGGAAAAGAUGAUAUACUUCAUGGCGAGGAGACAUCGUUCCGAGGUCUUAUUCCAAUAUUGAGGCGAACUGAUCCUUCAUUGCCUUGGCGAUCUGUAAGAGAUGGGCAAGGAGGGUUUACAAAUAGCCCUAGCGAAAGGCCCAUUGGUACAAAUAGUACAACGGUGUAA